GCGCGCGGCGCUUGACUGGGACAACCGCGAGAGGCGCAGACACUAUGAGCACAGUGCGGCCACAGGGUGAAGGAGUACAGCAUUCAAGAUGAGUUAUGCCAGGCUGGAUUCAAAUUGAGACAAGAUAUAACAAGUGUAGGACGCACAACCUCAGGAGUAAACAGUUCUAAUAAAGACGGCCUGAAGUCAGUUGACACCAGAGACUGAUCGCACAGAAUCACUACUGACAGUUGCUCCUGAGAGCCUUAUCAGACUUCAGUUUUGCUUUUAACACAAUGGCGUUGUUGAAUGUUACCCUCCCCUGGAAUGUCUCUUUGGACCUCAACCAUAUCUAUUUCAAAUCCAACCUCACAGAAUUAGAGGACACGCAACCUACGGUGAAGAACUGGCCAGCCCUGUUCAUCCUGGCGUUUAUAUUUUUUACUGUUGCGGGGAAUAUACUGGUAAUUAUGGCCGUGUCCAUCGAGAGAAAACUGCACAAUGCCACCAACUACUUCCUGUGCUCACUGGCCGUGGCAGACAUGCUGGUGGGAUUCCUUGUAAUGCCAGCCUCACUAAUUAGUAUUCUUUACAAUCACACCUGGCCUCUCCCUGAACUGCUGUGUCCCUUGUGGAUCUUCCUUGACGUGCUCUUCUCCACAGCCUCCAUCAUGCACCUGUGCGCCAUCUCUCUGGACCGCUAUAUCGGCAUCUGUAAUCCAAUCAAAUACAGCCGUAGCAACUCACUUCACAAGACCAUGAUCAAAAUAAUCAGUGUCUGGACCGUUUCUGUAGUGUUGUCGCUGCCCAUUCCAGUAAUGGGUUUCCAGGACAAGAAGAAGGUGUUUGUAAAUGACACCUGCACCCUGAAUGAGCCUCGUUUCGUCCUUGUUGGCUCGUCUGUGGCCUUCUUCGUUCCUCUGGUCAUCAUGGUGGUCUGCUAUUACCUCACUCUCCGUGUUCUCCAGAGGCACAGCACUUCUUUCCCGCAAGAGAGCAGGAGAUACUCCAAACAUUCUUCUGCUGGGAUAAGUGACACAAGUCUGCUGAACAGGAAGUCCUCCUCCAGCAAGUCUGCACAAGGUCCGCAAGGCCAAAGCAGACGAGGCACGUUUCAAUCUUUGAACAAUGAGCGACGAGCCUCCAAAGUCUUGGGGAUUGUGUUCUUUCUCUUCCUGGUCAUGUGGUGUCCGUUCUUCAUCACCAAUGUGCUGAUCGCCAUCUGUCAGGACAACUGCAGCGAGCAUCUCUAUAACCUCAUUCACUUUUUUGUCUGGGUGGGAUAUAUCUCCUCUGGAGUGAAUCCUCUGAUCUACACCCUUUUCAACGAGACGUAUCGACAAGCCUUUGCUCGCUAUCUACGAUGUAAAUAUCAUUAAGCUGUGGCACAGAAGAAGGCCCAGGCCAUCCGAAAUAUUGACACAGUUUAAUGGUUAAAACUGAUCAAUAAUUGACUGGUUGAUUAAUUCACUAGCUGACCAUCUUGACCUACAUCUACAUAUUUCCAAUAUGAGGCUGCCGGACCUCCCAUCCUUUUAAUGACUACCAAAAUUUGACACGACAGAUUGUUUGUGAGUUUUAAAAAAAAUAAUAAUGUAUUGUUCUUGUGUAACAGGAUAUAAGAAACGUUUUCAAGGAAGCACUGCCUUGUUUUGCAAGCUAUUUCUGUGAAUGUGCGAGACUUCCAGUUCAUUAGCCGCGGAGCUGGGAACUGAUCCAAAAAACAAGUACUCAUAAUUAGAGUAUAUUACAUUUUGUAAUGCUCUUAAUCAGAUUACAGUUACCUUUUUAUGGAUUACAUCAUUAGAUAUUCACACGAUGUUGAUAUAAAUUUUUUUUAAUCAAUACGGCAUGUUUAAUGGUAAGUUUAAAACAAGUAAAAAAGAAAAAGCAAUUUAAAAGUAAUCUAAAAAGUAGUCAGAAUAUAUAUAACCUAAAAUGAGUAACCUAGAUUACAGUUUUCAUCAAGUAAUCUGUAAUCAAUAAUGGGGUACAAUUGUAAUCUACCCAGCUCUAAUUAGCUGCUAUUAAUAACUAGAAAAAGUCAACAGUAAAACUGUUUGCUGCACAAACCAGUGUGUUUAUGACUACGAUAAUAAAUUAAAAUUAUAUGACAAUAAAUACAAGUUUGCAAUACCGGAAGCCUUGCACAUUGAAGUUAAAAACCUGUAAACUGUGAAGAUUAACAGUGUAGCUUUUGUUGUUCUUGAGAUUUGUCUCUAAAAAGAACAGUCAGGAUUCUUUACUCUCCAGUGGAAAACGUGAAACAAGAGCAUUUUGAAACACUCUCUACAAUCCUUUUGCAACUGCACCUUCAGGAUUCGUGAAGCGUCUGUCAGAUUGUUUUGACUGCAAGGACAAAGCAAACACUUUCCUUUAUCGCACAACAUGUUUUAACUGCACAGAUAUUCCUGCAGACUCCCGUGAAUCAGUUGAUAUCAAGCCUGAUUGUGUUACGCUUCGGUAAAAGACAUUAAAAGUGCAUUAAAGUGAAUUAAUAAUGAGAGAGUGCCACCAUGUGGUGACAUUCAUUUGAUUAACCAGUGAUUAAUGGGGUUACUACAACAAUAAAUGUAAAAAAAAUA